AUGACUCGUAAACGAACCGCGCCGAAAAAAACCAUCGUUGCUGCAAGACCGAUGCCCGUUGCCGCGCCACCGAUGCCCGUUGCCGUGCCACCGAUGCCCGUUGCCGCGCCACCGAUGCCCGUUGCCGCGCCACCGAUGCCCGUUGCCGCGCCACCGAUGCGCGUUGCCGCGCCACCGAUGCCCGUUGCCGCGCCACCGAUGCCCGUUGCCGCACUGCCAGUGCGCAAAUCUACUCCUGCCUUUGCCGCUGUCGGGGGAUCGAUGAAACCGAAAAAAUACAAGCCAGGAGUCGUGGCUCUCUGGGAGAUCCGGAAGUACCAGAAGACGACGGAUCUUCUGAUCCCGAAGGCUCCGUUCGGACGACUCGUGCGAGAGCUGGUGAACGACGCGGGCCACCAAAUGGCCGUUCGGAAGGAGGCCGUCGAGGCCCUGCAAGAGGCGGCCGAAAAAUUCCUCGCGGAAAUUUUCAAAACUGGCCAGGAGUACGCCGUCCACGCUCACCGCCAAACCUUCCGCUCGGAGGACCUCGCGUUGGCGGUCCGCCACUUUGGAAACAAAUAA